GGCCGGCAGUGUACUGGUUCAUGCAGCCCUGCGUUGUUCUUACUCUUACUGCUAUGAUGUAGUGUCCUGGGGUUAUGUUUAUGAAAAUGACACCAUUCCCUUCCUGGCAAGCUUUUCGGACAAACUACCUACCAGGACAGCAUCUGCCUCCACCAGUUCCGAUCAAGACAUACCUGUGGGAAGAGGUAAGAAGGGAUAAGGAGGCUGGAGUCUACCCUUGGACUCACAUCUUCAAGGGGCCCUACGAUGAACAAGAGUUUGAAGAACAAAGGGAUCAUGAAUACGAGCCAAUCAACCCACCAGCGACGAGCCAUCCUCCUCCUACAUCCCCUCCUCCUACAUCCCCUCCUUCUCCACCCCUCCUGAAAGUGACGGAUCAGGAGGGGGAGGAGAAGGAAAGUGAACCGGAAAGAGUCGACUUCAGAUCGAUAUUCGAAGAUCGUCACCACAAAUAUUUACGAAUUCCCCUUGAUAGGGACAUGGUUAUUCCAAUUGACAAAGCAGAGAUAGAAAGUUUAAGGUACGAUGAUGAAGAGGAAGAAGAAACCAAUAAAAUGCAAGGAAUAACAAUGGAAGAUGUGCAAGACCACGAGGAAGCUCGUAACUUUGCAGCGACUCCUGCUACAACGAUAUCCAGAACAGACGGAGAGUUCAACACAAGUCAGAUGGACUCAUCUGGCCUGGACGAGCUGCCUCUCAAAAGAGAAGCGAGAAGAGGAUUCAAUGCCAGGGGAUUUCAACAGAGGAUCUCCUCCCAAGCUGGAAGACUGAGAACGAGAAUUCGCAACAUUUCCAGGCCUAAAAUUAACUUCCCCGAAAGACCAAAGUUUAACCUUCCAGAUAGGCCAAAGAUGAAUUUUGAAAGACCAAAAUUUAACUUCCCAGAAAGACCAAAAUUCAACAUUAAACGUCCUGAUUUGAAAAUGCCAAAUUUUAAUUUUGGGAAAACAAAAACUAGUAGUUUGAGACGACCCUUGAGAGAUAAAGCACAAAUUCCAUCAAAUCAAUCGACGGUAGGGUCUAAGAAAAAUAUAUUUGAUUCCAUUAAUUUCAGAACCUACCCAAGAAUUUUUAGUAAAAAAAAGAAAGCUGCUCAAGGUCGACGAGCAUUAACUCCUCCCCCUCGAAUGGAGACACAGAGUACACCUCCCUCCACCCCCGGCAGUAGAACAGGGCCUUUCAACCAACGAUGGACACAGCGGUUCAGGGACAUCAAGUUUGCCGAUGCGGACAAUCAGUCAGAUCUGAAAAAACCGUCUUUUGAGGAUGAUGCAGAGGAUGAUAGUGCAGCUUUCCGAGAUCCAGACUUCAAAGCAGCAGUGACUUUUGAUAAUGAAAGCAAACAAAAGGCAGAGAGUUCAAUCAGCAUUCCAGGCUCAGACAGGGAACAACAAUCAUCAGGAAGUUCAUCAGAAAGACACAGAGCUGGAGUCAUUGAAGAAAUUGAUUCAGAUGAAUUUUUUCUUCGGGAAAAAGGUUUGAGUAGAGAAGAUGUAGAUGUCAGUAGGUACCUUUCUCUUGAAAUCCGAGAUGCCUUCCGAUCACCCAAAAAUGCCCUCGCAAGUCUAGGCAGGGAAGAAUAUGAUGACGACAAUGAAGGUUAUGAUAGUAAACCAAGGCCUACCGGUGAGCCUGUACGCAUGUCAAUGGAAGCCAUGAGAAAUCAGUCAUCAGAACAAAUGCGGAUGACACCCGAACGAGAUAUUGAAUACACUGGAGAUGAGGAAAUCGAAGAAGAAGAACCAGUGAGACCAGAACGCACCAGGUCGCUGAAGAAACGUUCAACCAGGAGCAAAUCUGAAGAGCCGAAACAGGAAAUUGACAGUCAGUUUAACACCUUUCCACCCAACAGACCUACUCGGGUACGUAAACAAAGUUCUCAGAGUAAACAAUCAAUUCCAGUAGACUAUGAUGAAGAUGAGAAGGAAAAUGUGCAAGAUAUUAGACCUCCGUCAAUUCCAAGUCUACAUGUGACAGAUACUACAAAGGAAAUGUCACCUACUCGGUACAUCGACGAGUCCUCAGAAGCUCUAGAUAAACCUUGGGUAGAAGAGCCUCAACCUCCUCUACCUCCAAAGAGAAGGAAGAGCACUCGAGACUCCAGUCAGGACAAAGAAUCUUUGCGGCAGUUCCAGAGGGAGCAAUGGAUGGACGAAGACGCCCAGGCUGAUGACAUGGUGCUAGAUAAUCAUGUGAUCGCACUUCAAAGGGAUACAGAUCAAAGCAGGGCAAUUCAGAAUGGUCACUACGACUCUCCUCCUCCUCCCCCAAUGAGAAAAUCUCGAUCACAAGGAACAUCACUGGCUGAAGAUGAUCGAACUUCUAGAGGAGCCGAAUCUCUCAUCUCAGAAUCUAGGACACACAUGACAGAGGAUUUGGAAACUAAGCCUGACAUUUUGCCUGUCAUCAUAGACUCACCAGGUUAUGCUGUUAUAGAGAAGACGGUAAUGGAGGGAAAACAAAAACAACUAACAGAAAAACCAAAACGACCUCCUCCUCCUAGUCGGCGAAGAAAAACAGCGGCACAACUAGCAGCUUUGAAAAAUCAGAGUAUAAACUUCUUUUUUACAUAUCCUAGAAGAGCAAUUAAGAAAAAACUGCACAUGUCAUCUCCUCCACCUAUUAGACCUGUGAGAAAUUAUAGUACAAUAGGACCAACGAGACCUCCGAGAGGAAACAGAGUGUUCAGAGAGCCUGUUUACGAAGGUGAAUUUAUACCUUUGAAAGAUGAAAAUGAUACUCAAGAGGCAAAAGAAAAAGAAACCCUGGAAUACAUAGAGAAUGAAAUUGUCAACAGUGUAAUAUUAGAUUCAUUAGAUAAUGAAAAAUCUACUAUUAAAUAUGAACAAGAAGAAGUUCAAGAAAUGAGAGAUCUCCAAAGCGAAGAUGUGAUCGAAAAAAUGAAAGAUCGUCCUUUACCUCCCCCACCACGUCCCCCGAGGAAAACCAGGGAAGAGGAAAUGAGAGACGAAGAAGAUGUGAGAGAAUUUACUGAGGAAGAGGUGGAAACAACAGAUUUGGAUGAACAAGAUGUAGUAGUCUCAGAGAGAAUUGAUAUUCUUGUAGGUCACCCACAUCAUGAUCAUGAGACAAAAAGAGAAAAAUCUCUCAAUAUUGAACCUGUAGAAGAGGUUUGUGAGAGACAAACAGUGCCACACACUGGACAUGCACAGCCAGAAAUAUUGAGUGAGCCUCCAGUCAAAACAGAGCGGAGAAAAAAGUCACUAAGCCAAACAAGGAAAACACCCUUACCAGCACCUGUUGAAGCUAAUGUAUCAACUCAGACUGAUACAUUACCAGAUGGGUUUUAUGUGGAAGAAGAACAACAAACUUCAGCUGAUUAUAGCAGAUAUGAGGAAUCAUCAUCAGAAACACCACGCCCUGCUAAGGAGCCUGAGGUGGAGAAAAAGGUUGAAACAAUUAUCGAGCACAAAGUAGUUGUUAUACCAACUCCUGAGACUGAAAUUCUUAAAGCUAAAAAAAUACAUGUAGCAGAAUUGGAUGUAGACAAACUCAAUGUUACCGAACUACAAGCACAUAAGAUUACAGUUUCCGACAUUGACGGUGUAUCAAUGCAAGUUGCAGAACUGACAAGUAAAUCAGGUCAUUUAGUAGUAAGUGGAUUUGAGCUUCCUUCAUCGUUUCUAGAAGCAAUAACUCCGCAACCACCACCCGCACCAGUUAUUCACAUUCAGUCAUCGACUCAGACUCCUCCGGAGAUGACAGACUCGCAAACAAACACCACACCUCAACAGGAAGUGGCACCACCAUCCGUUAUACAACCUAUGAACCAACAAGAAUCUCUCCCUUCAUCUUCGUCCGUACAACCUCUGACACAAGUGCCUCCUGCCUCCCCACUGCCAGCCCCACCCUCACCCCCACGGAGGCCAUCCCCACCACCUACCAUAGUCAUCCACAGUCCGCAAGGCCAGCAUGUUCCUGGUUACGUCCCAUCAUCCCCUCCACCGAGGUCUCCUCCCAGAACGAGAUCACAAGACUCAGAGGAGGAGUUGAGGAUGGUUCCUCGAAGACGAAGACAUCACUCUCACAAACAGCCGACUCAGCUGUCAACUGAUGAGGAGGAAGAAGACGAGUUCCAUAGUUACCCAAUAGCUCGGAGACCUCACCAGAGAGAGGCGACUGCGGUAGAGUUAAUCAGACAGCUCCUUGGCAUCUGGCACAGCUCUGCAUCUCGUGGGAUGAACCAAGCCAUAGAGGUCCUCAAUGCUGCAUUUCCAGAGGGUGAGAAGCGAAAAGACGCCCAGACAGCAGCUUGUAUCGUUCUUGUUCUCAUUGCCGGGCUAUUGCUCCUGGGUUUUGGGCAAGAUAGAACCGUUCACCAUCAUCACUGGGAUUUCCUCCCGCCUCACCCUUGAACUUUUGUUAUUUAUUUCAUUUGUUUUAAGUCGUUAUUUAUUUUUAGACCGAGAACAUUGAACAAUGCUCUUUUUACAAUUCUAAUGAUAAAGUUUGUAAAUAAACACUGUUUUGAGUGGUUUUUUAAA